AGGACACUCAUCUCAUCAGCACAAAAUCACCAGGAGAUAUGGUGACUACCGCAACAUGUGAAUUCUUCACAUCAGCUCAUAUCGGCAGGUCAAUGCACAGACCAGAACAACUUUGAUACAAUUUUGAUCUCAUCGAAACCCCAUUACUAUACCUGAACUCAACCAAAGCGUUCUUUUUGGAAAAGAAAAAAAAAAAAAAAAAAAAAAAAAAAACUCAGUCAAAAGAGGUAUCGCGAAAGGCACAUUCCUUUGGGCACAGUUCUCUGUCCCUGUGCCUAUAUCAAGCAGUCAUAAUGUCCUCACACUCGAAUCAUCGACCGGGUGCCCAUUCCACCGGCGGCGGACAGCAUCAACCUCAACCCCCGACACUCCGACCCUCUCAACAAAUUCCGCCUCUCACCAACGUGGCACCGAGCAUGUUUGUCCCUCUCAGAAAAGACGACGUCGAACCACCAUCCGAAGACGAUGAGCCAAGCCAGCGGAUCGCACGCUUGAAGCGCAUUAUCGAGACCAUCGAUUACCACACCGCCGCCGUCAAGGAGAACUACAUAUGGAUGUUUGAGCGGGAGAUGCGUCGGUUCUCUCUUGACGCGGCCGAGCGUGAGGAAGAGUUUAAGCUUCGCGAUCUGCACCCGCCUGGCCCAGCAGAGACGGAAAUCGACGCCGUGUUUGCCAGCAUGGAGAGGCCAGCUCCCGAAGGGAUUGACUACAACGACCCCAACAACCCGUUCAAUGUCAAGCAUCUACCGGAGCUCAACCCGCAGGAGUUCAUGCCACGCGAUGUCUCGCUGAGGGAGAAGGCCAUGAUGGAUAUCCUGACGGUGGUGGAAGCGGGGAAGAAUGAGAUCGAGGCGUACCAGAAUCACAUGAAGGGCUUGAGGAGCACCUACGUCGAACUGCUGGGGAAGGAGCAGGAGAUGCUGCGACAGGCGGCGUUGAGGCCGGAGGAACGGACUCGGGUUCAAGAUGCACCCAUGGGCUGAUGACUAGAUAUAUCAUCACCACAUGCUGCCUGCCAUCAGAGUUUCGACAUGGGUACGAGCUCGUGAGAGGGGUUGAGCAGCAGCCGUGAAGCUAGAGUUCGGUCCCAGAUAGUCGCCAAAUGAACAUGGAGCAGAUCAACUACACUUCUACUUCAAACCGUGCUUUUAAGCAAGGUCAUUUUGGUUGUGAUGAGAUGUGGCAACCGGCGGUAAGAAUCACUGCUCAAAGACGCCCUCGAAAGGGACAUCUAGCGUGUAUCCAUAAACGGAGCCAAAGAAAAUCUAUCUAGGACACAUGAUAGAGGGGAACACUCGUAGAGCGUGCAAAAGCCAUACCCGAAAGCGUGGACAGUUUGCGAACCAAUAUCCCCCUACAAUAAGUGGC